UUUAUAACCCGCUGCCGUUGACGGUGCGGAUGAACGAGAGCGGACCGAGCUUUGUGGUGGAACACCAGGGAGCAAGAACAGAGUGGAAAAGAAAACCAAUCAUAAGUAGGCAACAAAGAAUAAGAAAAGAAAAAAUCAUGGGUGGACGCGAGGAGCUGAAUAAAAGCAGAAGUCUUUCGCCUACAAGCAGAAGUCUUUCAACUCUUUCUACACUGGGCUUUCGACAUACGCCAAUGCGGUGCGGCGAGUGCUUAACCGGUUUCGGCGGACCUGAUUUAGAGGGUCCGAGUGAUCCUGAUGACUUGUAUUUUAUGAAGGUGUCAGGCGAACUCUGUCAGCAAGAGGUAGCGUCGCAGAUGCCGGUGCAUCUGGGUAUAUUGGCUCUGCAGAGCAUGAUCACAUCGUCAAGGAAUUAUAAUUUGUCCCAUCAUCAAGACCAACAUCAACGUCACGAUGUUGAUACGCAACAACGUAGAAGUGAACACGG